UCAAAAGGGUUUUUUUUAGAAAACGGAGUUAUGAACUGGAAUGCGAUAGCUACUUGCACAAGUAAAACUGAACUACGGGAUGAAAUCCAAAACCAGCUGACAAGCUUCAAGCCAUCCGAUUGUUUUUCCGAGCUCUGAAUAUUGCUUGUAAAUCAGAUGCAAGUUUUUUUUUCUCUGGUUGUAAACGGCAGUUCCUUUGGGCAUCUUACAAGUGAUUAGAAACUCGAUUUCCAAAAAUUGCUGAGGAAGCAAAGAAACAACAUACAUAGGAGGAUCGUCGGUCUGUGUGCUGUAUGAUCCCAUGUCCAGGUCAACUACAAAUUAAUUAUAAAGCAAACGACGAACUGAACUAAGAUUUUAACGACUCGAAAUAGAUCACAAUCGGGCUACUUUGAUAUCUGAGAAUUUGCCAAUAAGAUUGUGCACUGUGUCCUGUGCUGAAAGAAUGGGUGCAGAAACUGAAAAGGUGCAGCCUUGAGUCGACUCGCAGGGUGUGUUUGAAGAUGGUCAGUGUGUGAAUAGAAGAGUUUUUAUUUGCAAGUUGAAUUUUCUUCAAUCAUCAAGUCUAGGAUGACACCCCUACGAGCAAUUGCUAUAUUGACAUGUGCUCUAUUUAUGCCUAUUUACACAAUGCCAAAGAUGAUAGAUACUGUUUUAGUGAAUUGUUCAGGAAUUGGUUAUCCACAUUCUCCUUGUUUCCUGACACCAGAUGUAGAGGUAUUGGAUCUGUCUUAUAACAACAUCACAAUGAUUCAACAGCAAAAUUUCCAAAAUCUUAACAAGCUGAGGAAACUUUUUCUUCAGUUCAAUCACAUCACUGCGAUAGAACCUGGAUCAUUUGCAAAAAAUUCAGAACUAAGGUAUCUUGAUCUUUCAAAUAAUCUUUUGCAGGAUAUUUCAGUCUUGCCAUUUAACCAUCUCCAGUCACUGACACACCUUGAUAUCACUAACAAUAUGUUUGAUACAGCUGACUUUGGAGCAGAGAUCAACAAACUACAGAAACUGCAUUCUUUACGUUUUGGAAACACUCGUCUUUCUUCUUUAAACUCUGGUUCCUUAUCUGUACUUCAAGGAAUCCCACUUAAGGAUGUUUAUUUAAUUACUGGAGACCUACAGGCAUUUGAACCUGGAACAUUUAAUGCCUUGCAGAAUGUAGAAAAACUCUCUCUUGAUUUGCAGUUUGGCCAGGACGGAAAAUUACUCAUCAAUAUUUUUCAGGAUAUUCCAAUGAGUACCACUACAUUGGAAAUUCUAAAUUCUGACUUUGUUAAAAAAGCAAGUAAUGUAGAUUUCUUCUUCCCUCUGAAAAAGUUGAAUAUCUCGACACUAGUUGCACAUAAUAUUACCAUCGACGAUUCUUUGACCACUUAUUUACUCAACAGUGUUCUUGGUUCAAAUAUAAAAGAAUUAGUUUUAGACACAAUUAUAAUGGAUGGCAUUGGCAAUUGGGACGUAAUACCCAUACCAUCUGACCAGAUUAAUUUGCGCAAGCUUCAAAUACUUAAUGUAGAAAAUCCAAAUUUCUACCAUUUUUACUCACUUGAGUAUCUUAUUGAUAUAUUUGCACAACUGACAGAGUUAAUGAUACUAAAGGGAAACUUGUUUUAUGUUCCAUGUCAGAUAUCAGAAAUUAUGACGUACUUAAGACACUUGGACAUAUCUUUUAACUUGCUUCAAGAAUUCAGCUUUAUUCCUGGAAAAUGCUCUGCUCCUUUUCCCAAUCUUAAUACUCUCAUAGCAAACAACAAUAAGUUUUCAAAUCUACCAAAAUUUAGCACAUUAUUAUCUAAAAUGGAGAAGUUGUCUAGUAUAAAUGCUAGUCAUAAUGAUCUUGUACUACAGAAGGGAUUGACCUGCACGUGGCCUCAGACUCUAAAGUGUAUAAAUUUUUCACACAAUAACCUGGAAGGCAAUGUGUUUGGCUGCUUGCCAGCAUCAUUGCAAUCACUAGAUUUGAGUUACAAUUCCAUCACUGCAGUUCCAAACCUCAAAGGGCUCAGAAAUCUCCGUGAGAUUUUUUUGACAGAAAAUUUCAUAGCAUCUUUUCCUGAAAUUCCAGUGGGUUACUCGCUGAAAGUCUUGCACAUUGACCAAAAUAAAAUUACAGACAUAAACAUACGCUUUCUACAGUCCUUAGAUCUAGCUGAACUCAAAUUCAGCAAUAAUCCUCUGGAAUGCUUCUGUGCAAUUCAGUCAGUCUCUAAUUAUGUUCAACAAAGACGUGUAGUGAUUCUUGAUUGGCCAGACCGGUAUCGAUGUGAAAGUCCAAGAAAAUUUAAGGGUCAAAUUAUCCAAGCCCUGAAAUUUUCCCCAAUUGAAUGCAAAAUUCCUUUAUUUGUUGGGGUUCUUUUAGCGUGUGUUGCACUUUUGGUAGGUGUCUGUAUUGUGCUGUGUAUAAAGUUUAACAUCACUUGGUAUUGCCGCACACUCUGGCUCUGGCUUAAAGCUAAAAAAAGUCUAGAUGCCAAUCUGGUUGAAAAAAAUUUUGAGUACAAUGCUUUUGUUUCGUAUAGUGAAUAUGAUUCGGCAUGGGUGAAGAACAAAUUGCUCAUACAGUUAGAAAAUAAUGAGCCACCUUACCGCAUCUGUAUCCACGAAAGAGACUUCAAACCUGGAAAACCAAUAAUUAAUAAUAUAAUUGAUUGUAUAUCAAAAAGUUAUAAAACCAUAUUUAUCCUAUCCAAACACUUCGUGCAAAGUGAAUGGUGCCAUUAUGAAUUCUUCUUUGCACACCAACAGAUAUUUGAUGACAAAAAGGACAGUCUUAUCUUGCUCCUGUUAGAACCUAUUCCAAAGAAUUCCAUCCCAGAUCGAUUUUGUAAACUUAGGAAAUUGAUGAACAGAAACACUUAUUUGGAAUGGCCUCAGAAUGAGUUUCAGCAGGGCUUCUUUUGGAAAAGGUUGAAAGCUGUCCUGAAUUUGGAUUUCCAUUCAUGCAGUUCAAGAGUAACUCUGCAAGGGGUUAUCCAAGAACCUGAUGAGAUCCCUGAUCGUGUUUAGAUGAACACAUACAAAAGUGGGUAUUGAGGCCAUAAAAUUUGAGUUUUAAUAAAAGCAAGUUAAUAACUUGCCUUUACUGCUGUAGGAAUUUUGUCCUAAAUUUGUUUCCAUUUAGAUUUUCACCCCUCAAUGGUGUUACAAUAAAUGAUAUAAUAUAUAAAUAUCUGAAGAGGGAAAUUUUACAUAUUUUGCUGUGGUAUCCUCAUCAAAAACACAGGUGAUGUACACCACCACUUUUCAUCGGAUUCUCCUGGGUAAACAAAAUAUAUUUUUACAGAACAUAGUGGGUUUAAACUUUGAGUUGCCAAUGUAAAAAUCUGUCACUUUUGAACCAAAUUUCAGGCCUAUGUUACACAUUCUCUCAAUGCAGGACUGUGCUCAUACUGACCAGUAAUAAUUGGCAACAUUCUGUCAUCCAGUAACAUAACUCCAUUCGGCUAUCUCCUCAAUUAAAUAAAAUAAUACACCAACCGUCCCUGUUCCAGUGAACAAACUAGGUUAAUUAUUUCUCUAAGUGGGUGUAUUAACACUAGUCCUUUUUCAACAUUACCACUACAGAUAUUACCACUUCAAAUGUUAUCAUUUGGUGGUUGUUAAACACUGUGUUGUGUAAGCCUUGGCAUGCUUGUCCCUCGCAUGUUUGCGCAAAGCAUUGUCUCAACCAUGGGUGUGUUAGCACUCUAUACCAUUUAAACUGUAGGGAAUUAUACAUGCAGUGCUACUUUUUGUUGAUAAUCAUUCCUGCAGAACAUGAAUGUUCCCUGCCUGCCUUAUUGUCAUUUACUGAAUAAAAUUACACAUUCUAUAUAAAGAAAAGAUAAAAGUAUUUGAUACAAGAUGUUUGGAACAUUGGAACCAGUGUAGGCAUUGUUAAGCCUGCUCUGCCUUCCAGACAAUCAUGGCUGAUGAGACACUUCAAUGCUUUUUCCCCCCACACCAUCCCCAAAUUGCUUUGUUUCAUCAGUAUUUAGAAAUAUGUUAAUCUGUGCUUUAAACAUAUUAAAUGAUGAGUUUCCAUAGCUUUCCAGAGUAGACUAUUCCAGAGAUUCGAAAACCCCUCUGUAAAAUGAUUUCUCCUCAACUUAGUCCUAAGUGGCUUCCGCCUUAUGCUGAAAUUAUAGCUUCUUGGUUCUACAUCUGCCCUAUUUAUCCCUUUUGUUGGUUACAGUGAAAUUCUAUCUCUUGAGAAUACGGGCCCAGUUGCCACAAGAUUAGAAAAUAACUUACGGAAUAGGCACCAGAGUUGGUCUUGCCAUGCAGCGAUGCCUAAAUCUCAUGAAUGAAUUAAGGUCACUGGACUCAACGUUAACUGUUUUCUCUUCACAGAUCUUGCUAGGCCUGCUGAACUUCUCCAGAAAUUUGUUUAUCACACAUCCCCCAUAUUGCAGUUCUUUGUUUUAAAAAAUAAGCUGUUAGUAAAUAAGAUUAGUGCCAUUAAAUUUUCAGAUUAAUUUUCCAGAUCAGUAGAAAACCAAAUUGACCUUUAUCAACUGUGUAAAUGAUCUAUUCAGUUCUGCCCUAACCCUUUCUAUAUUAUGUCAUUAGUACAUUCCUCUCUCCUCCAGCAUGACUCCAUAACUCAACUGCACAAGCUCACACAAAUGGAAAAUACAAAAAAAAAUGACAUCACUUCUCCUCGCAAGAAGCACUUGAACAGAUAUCACAAAGGCUGAUAUCGUGCAGAUACCUGGUGGUCAGUACGGAGAUAAAGAGAAAACAGUUAACGUUGAGUCCAGUGACCUUAAUUCAUUCAUGAGAUAACUAUACCGUGCACUUGGCUUAGCAACAGCCCUGGAGCUCUAUUCAUUCUUAAAAGAAUCCAAAAUGUGUCUAACGUUCACAUGGGGUCUAAUCUAAGUUUCAGGCUCUGGAUCAGUACAGGAAAGGAUGGAAUCAGUGACUGAUAGUUUUAAUAACACACAACAAAUAUGCAUAGACUCAGAUUAUUCAAAACAAACCUCUUUACCACACAAAUCUGUAACUGUCUCACCUUGCUACACACAAACAAAAACAGAAAUUGCUGGAACAACUCAGCAGGUCUGGCAGUAUCUGUGGAGAAGAAACCACAGUUAACAUUUUGGUUCGAGUUAGGGCCAGAUCCAUCAUACUGCCAAAAGAACGCAGGAGUUGGUUAUGGAAAAUAUUUUUAUGCAGACAUAUUAGAUACAGUUACCCUAGUAUACAGCGGUGGAAACUGAAAAAAAAUAAAACUUUACAAAGGUGAAUGGAGAAAUACUUGGAAGGAAUAAACUAAAAAGAGGAUUGGGAUGGGACUAAUAUUUUGCAGAAAUAUUGGUAAAGAACUUUCCAGGGUAGACACAACAGACCAAAUGGUAAUUCUGUAAAAUGCAGUUCCUUUGAUACAUGGCUGUAUAGCUGGGAGUUAUCUGAUUGAAUACAAAGGUGUAUUAUGCUCACAAAUGUGCAAUCAACAGAGACAUGAAGCUAGUUGCCAAAGUUCAAAGGAAAAUGUGCAAAAAUUAGACAACCACAUUUCUGGAGUGUUUUAUGUUGAGCUGUAAUGCAGAGGACUCAUUUAUAUCAUUGUAAUUACUGUAAAUAAAUGCCUACACAGUC